AUGGGGACACAUAUUCAGACACUCAGAGGUGCACACAUGGGGACACAUAUUCAGACACUCACAGGGGCACACAUAGGGACACAUACUCAGACACUCAGAGGAGCACACAUGGGGACACAUUCAGACACUCACAGGGUUACACAUUGGGGCACAUAUUUAGUCACUCAGAGGGGCACAAAUAGAGACACAAAUUCAGACACUCACAGGGGCACACAUGGGGACACAUAUUCAGACACUCAGAGGUGCACACAUGGGGACACAUAUUCAGACACUCACAGGGGCACACAUAGGGACACAUACUCAGACACUCAGAGGAGCACACAUGGGGACACAUUCAGACACUCACAGGGUUACACAUUGGGGCACAUAUUUAGUCACUCAGAGGGGCACAAAUAG